UGGGCUAAUUAUGCGGGGCGGCGUUGUGGCUUAGCGGGUUGUCCCGCGCCGCUAGCAUCCCUACUCGCGAUCCCCAAAUCCCCGAAUGGACAAACGAACCAUGUGCACAGUGGAGAAGCGCGGCCGCGUCCACCUCAUCACCCUCACCGGCGCCGGCGAGCACCGACUCAGCCCAUCCCUCAUCUCGGCCCUCCGCUCCGCCGUGGCCACCGUCCGCGCCUCCCCCGGUGCCGGUGCCCUCGUGCUGGCCGCGGAGGGCAAAUACUUCUCCAACGGCUUCGACCAGGCCUGGGCGCGCACGGUCCCGCCCCACCUCCACGACUCCAUGAGAGGAGCCUUCCGCGCCCUCGUGGCCGACCUCCUGGCACUGCCCAUGCCCACCGUGGCCGCCGUCACGGGCCACGCCGCCGCCGCCGGCUGCGCGCUGGCCCUCGCGCACGACUCCGUCGUCAUGCGCGCCUCCCGCGGGUUCCUGUACAUGAGCGAGGUCGACGUCGGCCUCAAGUUCGCCGACUACUUCGGGGAGCUGCUCCGGCAGAAGGUCCCCGACGCAGCGGCCAGGAGGGACAUGGUCCUCGGGGGGAAGAAGAUGACGGCGGCGGAGGCGGUGCGGCUCGGCAUCGUGGACGCGGCCGCGGACGGCGGCGUCGAGGACGUGGUGGCCGCGGCCGUCGCGGCGGCGGACGGGCUCGCGGCCAGGGGGUGGGACGGGGUUGUCGUGGCGGGGAUCAGGAAGGCGAUGUGGCCCGCCGUGUGGGGCAAGGUCAAGGACCACGGCGCCGAGGCGACGGCGGCGGCGCGGCCGCGGCUGUAGGCUCCGGUAUGUCGUACGAAGCCACUCCCUGUGCUCGAGCAUUCGCGUAGCCUGAAGAAUUCGCUCUGAAUCGACAGCAAGCCGUAGAUCUACGAACUUCAGCUGGGAUCAGGAACUGCUCCUACAGAAUCGUCUGCCCAAGAAGAUCACAACUGUGCUGGUGGUUUCCCUUGUACUCCUACUAUCUUUCAUUCCGGUUUCUUUGGAUGUUGGCGUCUGUUUUUACUCUAACCGAAGCUCUUUGCUGAUAGACUGAACUCACGCCGUCAUCUUCAGCAUGAGUGCAUGAAGCGAUGAACUACUUUGUGCUGGCAAGUAAUAUGAAACACUUGGUGAAAAGGUGUAA